UCUGCCAACCAGCUCCCAGCGCGAGCCGCCGCAGCGCCCCGCCAGCAGGACCUGAUGCGCAUCCAUAUUAGCCGUCCGAGCGCAGGAAUCCGGCCCGACCCGCGCCGCCUAGUUUAUUUUUAACCAGCACCGCGGGGACUCGGAUGGUGCACGCACCGCCGGCCAGAAACAUCUUCCCAGCGCAGCUCUCCAUCUUCCGCCCUCUCUCCCCCGACAUCCUCCCCCCCAUGUGGGAGGGGAAACUUUUCUCCUACAUACUUUCGAGUCCCUCUCGGGCCGGGAAGCGCGGAGAUGACGGCGCCUGCCCACCCGCCGCCGCCGCAAGGUUGCUUCGACUCUGUGCUCUAGAAGUGGUGACUUUGAGGUGUGACCCUGCCCACAUUUGGGCCCAACCAGUGCCAGCUCCUCAAUAAGGAGGUUGACUUGAUAAGACGAGAAAAACAGUAUCAACCAGUGAUAACCAAUAGAGGAAAAAAGAAGUAAACAUAGAGCCAUUUCCUCCUGCGUGUGGAUGGUAGCUCUUGCAGGGGGACAUUUCACAGUUUAUCAGUUGGCAAAAAUGGAGUUCUACAACGGAGGCUUCUUAGAAGCAUAAACCCUGUCCCAAUGACGUCAAGUUCGCCUAUUGGCUUGGAAGGCCCAGACCUGUCUUCCAUCAACACCAUGAUGUCAGCAGUAAUGAGUGUAGGGAAUGUCACAGAGAAUGGAGGGAGCCCCCAGGGCAUCAAGUCCCCUGCGAAGCCUCCAGGACCAAAUCGGAUUGGCAGAAGGAACCAGGAAAUGAAAGAGGAGAAGUCUUCCUACAACUGCCCCCUGUGUGAAAAGAUUUGCACUACGCAGCACCAGUUGACUAUGCACAUUCGUCAGCACAACACGGACACUGGAGGAGCUGACCACUCAUGCAGCAUCUGUGGGAAGUCACUGAGUUCGGCCAGCUCCCUGGAUCGCCACAUGCUGGUGCACUCUGGAGAGAGGCCUUACAAAUGUACUGUGUGUGGCCAGUCUUUCACCACCAAUGGGAACAUGCACAGACAUAUGAAGAUUCAUGAGAAGGACCCCAACAGUGCUACCGCUACAGCCCCUCCAUCCCCUCUGAAGCGCAGGCGGCUGUCCUCCAAGAGGAAGCUAAGUCACGAUGCUGAGUCAGAGAGAGAAGACCCAGCACCAGCUAAAAAGAUGGUAGAAGAUGGGCAGUCAGGUGACUUGGAGAAGAAGGCCGAUGAAGUCUUUCACUGCCCAAUAUGCUUCAAGGAGUUUGUUUGCAAGUAUGGACUGGAGACCCAUAUGGAGACCCAUUCAGAUAACCCACUAAGAUGUGACAUUUGCUGUGUCACCUUUCGAACACAUCGAGGAUUACUGCGCCACAACGCACUUGUCCACAAACAGCUUCCCAGGGACGCCAUGGGAAGGCCUUUCAUCCAGAACAAUCCUUCGAUUCCUGCUGGCUUCCAUGACUUAGGAUUCACUGACUUCUCCUGUAGAAAGUUUCCUCGCAUUUCUCAGGCCUGGUGUGAAACAAACCUACGAAGGUGCAUCAGCGAGCAGCACCGUUUUGUCUGCGACACCUGUGACAAGGCGUUCCCCAUGCUCUCGUCGCUCAUUCUGCACAAGCAGACCCACGUUGCCUCAGACCAGGGACGGGAAAAGCUGCAGGCCAAGACCCUGGCUGGUGAUGUCCUGGACCAGAAGGCCUUCCUGACCUUGCUGGGCUUGCAGCACACCAAAGACAUCAAGCCUGUGCCCACUGAGGAGCCCCUGCCUGAUGACAACCAAGCAAUACAGCUCCAGACCCUCAAGUGUCAGCUACCUCAGGACCCCGGCUGCACCAAUGUGCUCAGUCUGUCUCCUUUUGAAGCUGCUUCCCUAGGUGGUUCUCUCACAGUCCUUCCAGCUACCAAGGAGAGCAUGAAGCAUCUGUCUCUACAACCCUUCCAGAAGGGCUUUAUCAUCCAGCCAGAUAGUAGUAUUGUGGUCAAGCCCAUCUCAGGAGAGUCAGCCAUCGAGUUGGCAGACAUUCAGCAAAUUCUGAAGAUGGCAGCCUCGGCUCCUCCACAAAUCAGUCUUCCUCCUCUCUCCAAGGCCCCUGCCACCCCUCUGCAAGCAAUUUUCAAGCACAUGCCCCCUCUGAAGCCAAAGCCCCUGGUCACACCCCGGACAGUGGUGGCCACCUCUACACCCCCUCCUCUCAUCAACACUCAGCAGGCCUCUCCAGGAUGCAUCAGCCCCAGCCUCCCCCCACCACCCCUUAAGCUCCUCAAAGGCUCAGUGGAGGCAGCCUCCAAUGCCCACCUGCUGCAGUCCAAGUCGGGGGCCCAGCCAAACACAGCCACCCAGCUUUUCCUGCAGCAGCCUCGAGUAGAACUGCCAGGCCAGCCUGAGAUGAAGACGCAGCUAGAACAGGACAGCAUCAUUGAGGCCCUGUUGCCCCUGAGCAUGGAGGCCAAGAUCAAGCAGGAGAUCACAGAGGGGGAUCUGAAGGCCAUCAUGACGGGACCCAGUGGCAAGAAGACCCCUGCAAUGCGCAAGGUGCUAUAUCCCUGCCGCUUCUGCAACCAGGUGUUCGCCUUCUCGGGAGUCUUGCGUGCCCACGUGCGCUCCCACUUGGGCAUUUCACCCUAUCAGUGCAACAUCUGCGACUACAUCGCUGCGGACAAGGCCGCUCUCAUCCGCCACCUGCGCACGCACAGUGGGGAGCGACCCUACAUCUGCAAGAUCUGCCACUACCCCUUCACGGUCAAGGCCAACUGCGAGCGGCACCUGCGCAAGAAGCACCUCAAGGCCACCCGGAAGGACAUCGAAAAGAACAUCGAGUAUGUGAGCAGCAGCGCAGCAGAGCUGGUAGAUGCCUUCUGUGCUCCUGACACGGUGUGCCGGCUGUGCGGUGAGGACUUGAAGCACUAUCGCGCAUUGCGCAUCCACAUGCGCACGCACUGCGGCCGAGGCCUGGGCGGCUGCCACAAAGGCCGCAAGCCCUUCGAGUGCAAGGAGUGCAGCGCCGCCUUCGCAGCCAAGCGCAACUGCAUCCACCACAUCCUCAAGCAGCACCUACACGUGCCAGAGCAUGACAUUGAGAGCUACGUGCUGGCAGUGGAUGGCGGCCUGGGCUCUGCGGACGUGGCUGCCGAGGCCUCGGGAAGGGAAGAGGAGAGCGGCUGUGUUGCCUUUAGUGACUGCAAGCCCAUUGCCGCCUUCCUGGAGCCCCAGAAUGGCUUUCUUCAUGGGGGCCCCGCCCAGCCCCCGCUUCCCCACGUGUCAGUCAAGUUGGAGCCUACCAGCAGCUUUGCAGUGGACUUCAACGAGCCCCUGGAUUUUUCUCAGAAGGGCCUGGCCUUGGUCCAGGUGAAGCAGGAAAAUAUGUCCUCCUUCCUGAGCCCUUCUUCCUUGGUCCCCUAUGACUGCUCCAUGGAGCCUAUUGACCUAUCCAUCCCCAAGAACUUAAGGAAAGGAGACAAGGACAUGGGUGCUCUCAAUGAAGCCAAGAAGCCGGAGCAGGAAGUGGGGAGCAGUGAGCCGCUCUCUCCCUGUCCACCACCCUGCCCUACCCUGCCAGUGACUCUGGGGCCUAGUGGAAUCCUGGAAAACCCCACAACCACAGUGGUGGCUGCCACCACAGCUGGCACGCUGGAACCCCAUGCUCAACCCCUCCAGGGCUCUGUUCAGCUUGCUGUCCCCAUCUACUCCUCAGCUCUCGUCAGCAACCCUCCCCUCUUGGGCAACUCUGCCCUCAUAAGCAACUCAACCCUCCUGAGCAACUCAGCCUUGCUGCGGCCACUGCGGCCCAAACCCCCCCUGCUCUUGCCAAAGCCCCCAGUGACGGAAGAGCUGCCCCCACUGGCCUCCAUUGCCCAGAUCAUCUCAUCUGUGUCUUCAGCCCCCACUCUGCUGAAAACCAAGGUGGCCGAGCCAGGGCCUUCGAGCACCAGCAGUAACACUGUGGCUGCAGACAACUUAGGAGGCACCAUCCCUAAAGCUGCUGCCACCCCCACUGACACCACAAGCCCAAAAGAAUCCAACGACCCACCCCCUACAGUGAGCAGCCCAGAGGCAGCCUCGCCCACUGAGCAGGGGCCAUCUGGCUCGUCCAAGAAGAGGGGCCGGAGAAGGGGGAUGAGAAACCGGCCCCGUGCCAACAGUGGUGGGGUGGACCUGGACUCUAGUGGGGAGUUUGCCAGCAUCGAGAAGAUGCUGGCCACCACGGACACCAACAAGUUCAGUCCAUUUCUGCAGACUGCAGAGGACGACACUCAGGAUGAAGUGGCCGGAGCCCCCUCUGACCAUCACGGGCCCAGUGAUGAAGAGCAGGGUAGCCCUCCAGAAGACAAGCUGCUGAGGGCAAAGCGGAACUCCUAUGCCAACUGCCUGCAGAAGAUCAACUGUCCCCAUUGUCCGCGGGUCUUCCCUUGGGCCAGCUCCCUCCAGAGGCACAUGCUCACACACACUGGUCAGAAACCCUUCCCUUGUCAAAAAUGCGAUGCCUUCUUUUCUACCAAAUCUAACUGUGAACGCCACCAGUUGCGCAAACACGGAGUUACCACCUGUUCCCUGAGAAGAAACGGGCUUAUCCCCCCAAAAGAGAGUGAUGUUGGAUCCCAUGAUAGCACAGACAGCCAGUCGGACUCGGAAACUUUGGCGGUGGCAGGUGAGGUGCUGGACCUCACCGCACGGGACAGAGAGCAACUGCUAUCAGAGGGAGCCACGGAGCUCAGCCAGGCUGCAGUGGACCCUCCUGUGGAGGAGGCCAAGGCAGAGGCAGCCUCCCCUGGGAAGGGGGAAGAGAAAGGGGCUGGGGAGAAGCAGGAGCCGGAGGAAGAGAGUGGUGUGGAGGUGAGCGCUGGGGACGCGGAUGGCCCAGAGGAAGACACGGCCAGCAACAAGAGCCUGGACCUCGACUUCGCCAGCAAGCUGAUGGACUUCAAGCUGGCUGAGGGUGAGGCAGGCCCCACAGGCAGCCAAGGCUCAGACCAGCAGGACCAGAAGCACGCCUGCGACACCUGCGGGAAGAGCUUCAAGUUCCCAGGCACCCUGAGCCGCCACAGGAAGGCGCAUGGCCACCAGGAGCCCAAGGAUGAAGAGGAGACACAGCCUCCGGAGGGAGAAGACACUGGCAGGGCAGCCGAGAGGCCACCAUCUGUCCCUGCCCCUGAGCCUGAGGAGAAGCCCACCGAACCCCCCAUGGUGGAGUCAGUCCCAGGCACCAGGGAGGCCUCAGUGGAAAAGCAGAAUGAGGAGACAGAGGGCCCCUCUGAUGGGGAGGGCACAGCCGAGAAGAGGUCCUCAGAGAAGAGUGACGAUGACAAGAAACCAAAGACAGAUUCCCCCAAGAGUGUGGCCAGCAAGGCAGACAAGAGGAAGAAGGUCUGCAGCGUUUGCAACAAGCGCUUCUGGUCCCUGCAGGACCUCACCAGGCACAUGAGGUCCCACACAGGGGAAAGGCCAUACAAGUGUCAGACCUGCGAGCGAACCUUCACCUUGAAGCACAGCCUGGUCCGGCACCAGCGGAUCCACCAGAAAGCCAGGCACGGCAAGCACCACAGCAAGGACAGUGACAAGGACGAGCGGGCCGAGGAGGACAGCGAGGACGAGUCCACCCACAGCGGCAACAACCCUAUCUCAGAGAAUGAGGCCGAGUCGGCUCCCAGCACCAGCAACCACGUCGCCGUCACCCGGAGUCGGAAAGAGAGCUUGGCCAGCACCGGGAAGGACUGCAGCCACCGGGAGGAGAAGGGCCGGGCUGCCGAGCCCAGCCACAGCGGCCCCAAGGAGCAGGCGCCUCCGGGGGACCCUGACCCUGAAAGCCCAGAUGCCCUCGUGCAAGACCUGCUGGAGCUGUGCAGCAAGAGGCCUGCCCACCCCGUCCUGGCCACUGCGGACGGUACCUCUCAGCUCCUGGGGAUGGAAUGACAUCCCACCUCGUCCCUCGCACACAGACAAGCCAGCGGAGCAUAGCGUCUCAGAUCUAUAUUUCAUGAGGUUUCUUCAUUGUCCUUCAGUUGUCGGAGAGAGAGAGAGAGAGAGAGAGAGAGAGAGGGAGGGAGAGAGGGAGGGAGAGAGGGAGGGAGAGAGGGGGCAAGAGAGACGAAAGGAGCGUGGCCAACCAGCUCUGUGCCAUAGCCUCACCGUGCGCCGCGCCGGCCGCAGCAUGUGCCGAUUCCAGUGCCUUAACUACUUACGGAUCCUCCUGUGUCACCGUGGGUGUUGUGUUUUCCCAGAAUGACUUUUUAACAAAACAGAUAUUUUAACGAAUUGUAUGGGGAGGGCCUCUUCAUUUAAGCAUUAAUGUUACCGUUCGUAUUGAUGUGUGUGAGCUUGUUUUUGUGAAUCUGUGAUAGUACUGUUUGUUCUGUGAGCUGGAAACGGGAGGAAAAAAACAUACCCUGGGAUACCCAUAGCCAAUAACUGGAAGAAAAUGAUGUGAAUUUCAUAAUUUCAUGUAAAUGACCAGAGGGAAGAUGGAUGUGAUGCUGAUUUCUCAACUAGACCUUCUUUUUUUUCUGUUGCUAUGUAGAGGAGCUGUGAUCUGGUCCUUGUUAUUACAGAAUGUGGUUGAUGAAGGUCUCCAGUGGGCUCAAGCCAAAAUCAGGAAGAUCUCUAGCUUCAACCUCAUGCUUGUUUCCACUCUUUCCAUGUUAGAAAUAGUUACUAUUCAAGUUCCAAGACAUCCAUUCUUAAUUUACAGAGAAGAGUUACCUCCCCAACCACUUAGCCUAUGGAAAACAUACCUGGAUGUCAUCUAUUUGAUUCCCCCCUUCCCAUUUGGUAUAUGUUGUUAUUAUUAUUAUUAAUAUUAUUAUUAUUAUUAUUAUUAGUUCAUCAGUUUGCUGGGCUCUGCAGUCAGCAGAAACAAAUGGACAAUAUUUGUCCUGGGAGACCUGCGCCACCCCCAGGUCCCCGCAUAACCUGUGCCUGCAGGUUCCUCGCACGCUCUGGUGAUCGCUCUUCUACUGUACUCAGACGGCAGCAGGGGCCGGGCCUCAGAACACAGCCGAGGACGGCUCAGAGUGGGGAGAGCAAGGCCGCAAGUGUGGCAGGGAGCAGGCGUCCAAGACCCCGGGCCAGGCCCGAGGCGCCACGGGGUGGUUUUGGAGGAAGCCAGGUGGAGACAGGCGUGUCACCCGUGAGCAAGUUAUCCCAGUCCUCCUGCGAAGCCCAGUCCAAGCCUUGCCCCCGGCUGUGCUACUGUCAUUGAAAAGUAAGGAAAUACUACUACUGGUAACUAAACUACGUGCAAGGUUGAAGAUGAGAGGUUUCUAUUUACCUUCCUGGGAUGUAGGGUUGGUGCUCAAAGAUCAAUGUGCUGUCACUAGUUCCUUAAGUGGCCCGAAGCCCUGGGUGCAAAAAAGGCAGGAUUCCUUUUAUUUGUGAGCAUCUUGUGCAGGCAACAGAUUCCCUCACUGUAGCAGCAGUGAAAAACAUCCUACAGCAGCUGACCUUGUGUCCAGCAUCCUGCCCUUGAGCCGAGCCCCCAAGGACACCCGAGCCAGACUGCUGCCGGGGGCCCCUGCUUGCUGCACCCCCGUGGAGCCCCUCACCUUUCCCUAGGGAGCACGCCCCUCUGCCCGGCCUCUCCUUCUGGCCCUUUCUGGCUCCACGGGCUUUUCCUUUGCUUAUACUUGUGCACAGAGCCACAUGUAUCCCCUUUUUCCAUUUCAGUUUCCCGCCCUGACUUCAAAGGAAGAUAGAUAUUCUUGAAAAAAUAAAAAGUGAUAUCUUUGCAUGUGAAAGGAAAAAGGUUGAGGUAUAUAUAUGAUCUUUAACUGUAUUGGGAUAUAUGAACCAGUUUAAAAAUGAGGUUUUAUUUACUGUAGAGAUGAAUGCAGGUCAGAACCAAUGAUCCCUUGGUCUUCUAAGUUGAAACCAGUUCAUGCACCCCUUAGUUGUUUUUUUUUUAUUAUUAUUACAAUUGUUAUUGUUAUUUUCAUUGUUAUUAUUAUUGGGGGUUCCUUGUGUUUGUUUUUCUUUGCAACUCUCCACACUAAACUCGCAAUACUGUGGGGAGAAGCCAUGACUAAACUCUACGCUGCGGUGAGAUGUAGCAGGGAUCCGCUCCCAGCCGCGGAUGUAGCCGGGGCUGCAGCUCGCAAUAAUCACUAUUGAUUUAAAGCUUUAUUUAGCCAUGAUCUGUACCCUCAUAGUCAAUAAGGUCUUGCCACAUUUUAUUAGUGAGGUUGACAAAUGUAUUAUUUGUUGUUCUGUCCCCACUUCCCCUAUAUUAAACUGUGAAAUUUG